GUCAUGUGUGGUCUCCUUAAGACCAGGACACUAUCCCUUCCUUUCGGUACACGAAUCACAUUCAUAACCAAAAAUUCAUCUUUCUCUUUUCCUUUCUAUUUUACCUUUUUAUUUAUUUCCUUUUUAUUAUUUUUUUAUUCUCAAACCCUAUCCCAAAAAUUAAUUUUAAUUUUCCCGAGAAAAUUUUCCUAAUUUUCCAUGAUUGUUCAUGUUCUAGGUCGCACCCUCACUUCAUCUUUAUAUAAGACUUCUCCUUUCACUCAAAAUCCAAUUCAAUUCAAACCCAUUUUUCUUCUUCCCCUAAAGUUUCAAACUUUAAUCCCAAUUCAUCCUUUUUCUUCUUCUUCCAUGGCUACUUGUAUUGAUUCUUCAUCCCCUCCUAUUUCUCGUAAACCUAAUGUUUCUCAUCAUCAACCUGAUGAUUGUUCAUUCAACUUUGCCAAAUUCUGUCGACCCACUUUUUCUGAUCAUGUUUCCUCUGUACCCAUUUCAAUGAAUCAUGAAAAAACCUUACAAACAAAAACCAUUGUAGAUGAUUUUCAACAUCUUGAUGUUAAUGAUGAUGUUAAGAAUGAUGUUGAAAAUGAUGUUGGUGUUGGUGUUUUUGAUGAUGUUGAGGAUGAUUUGUGGUUGAAGAUUCAAGAAGAAGCAAGGUUAGAUUUAGAUAAAGAACUAAUUUUAUCUAGCUAUUAUUUCAGCUCAAUUUUAUCUCACAAAUCAUUAGAAAGUGCUUUAUGUAAUCAACUUUCAAUUCAUUUGAGUAAUUUGAGUCUUUCUAGCACAACCCUUUUUGAACUUUUCAUGAGUAUUUUGAAUAAUGAUGAAGAUAUUAUAAGUGCUGUGAAAGAUGAUUUGAAAGCAGUGAAAGAAAGAGACCCUGCUUGUAUAAGCUAUGCUCAUUGUUUAUUGAAUUUCAAAGGCUUUUUAGCUAUUCAAGCUCAUAGGGUAGCUCAUAAAUUAUGGUUACAAGGAAGAAAAGUUUUAGCACUUUUGAUUCAAAAUAGAGUAUCUGAAGUUUUUGCUGUUGAUAUUCAUCCUGGUGCUAUGAUUGGUAGAGGGAUUUUGUUGGAUCAUGCAACAGGAGUUGUUGUUGGUGAAACUGCUGUUAUUGGUAAUAAUGUUGCAAUUUUGCAUAAUGUUACAUUAGGUGGAACAGGUAAAAAUUGUGGUGAUAGACAUCCAAAGAUUGGUGAUGGUGUUUUGAUUGGUGCAGGAACAUGUAUUUUAGGGAAUAUUAAGAUUGGUGAUGGUGCUAAAAUUGGUGCUGGUUCUGUUGUUUUGAAAGAUGUUCCACCAAGAACUACUGCUGUUGGUAAUCCAGCUAAGUUGAUUGGUGGAAAAGAUAAUCCUAUCAUGUUGGAUAAGGCUCCUAGCUUUACUAUGGACCAUACUUCGUGGUCCGAUUAUGUUAUCUAGGAUGGAUCCGGAUUUGCUGCAGUUACUACAACACGCUGUGUAAGCAAGCAAACUCGGCCAUUGAGGCUGUUGAGAUGUUUCACAUAGUUAAUUGAUCUUGGCGGUCGAUUCAGAUGGACGGCCAAGAUGCAGUUACUGCGUCUAAUCCAAAUCUGUUAUCUAGACUCUAAUCUUGUUAUGUUAUAGAUUUUGUUAUUUUCUAAUUAGGUAAUUUUGGUUGGGGAAUUUUGUUUGUUUGUUGUAUAAGAGAGAAUCUAAGUUCUCCUGUUAACUACAAAAUGAUGCCUCUUAAACCAUGGAAUUAGUUAUAAGAAGAAGAGUUGCAUGUAGAAGUUUAAUAAUGUUAUGUUGUUGUAUGGUAUUAGGACCACUUUAUAUUUAUGUGGUACAUAUAUAUGAAAAUGAAUUUUGCUUGUUUUGGCUGCUUUCA